AUGAUGAGACGUUCCGGUGCCUCGCGCGCACCCUCGCCCACCAACACCACCUACUCCGGCUUCUCCAACUACCGCACAGACUCCUACCGCCCCAUUAAUCCUCCUUCCAGCCCACUCUCUACCGAUCCUCGCGACAUCGCCCGUGCGCACUUCUUGGAACUGAACAAGUAUCUUGCGAGCUAUCUGGCAAACGCAUCCACAGAGCCAGUCAACUCGCGUGCAACGGCAAGGCAGAAGCUCACGCGCCUCACCCGUCAACAGUUUCAGGAGCUGUCCACCGAUGUAUACGAUGAGCUGCUGCGCAGGAAGAACAACUCUACAACUAAUGAAGUACCCUUCCUCCCUGUGCGAGAUGACUUCCAUCCGAAGCGCAAUCAGGCCCGACAGAAGCUCGCCACACUCCCCACAGGCAGAUUCAAGGAUCUCUCCAGCGAUGUCUAUUACGAGCUUUCCAGACGAUACCCAGAGUUCAAGGAGGAGCAGAUGGAGCAGGAUGCCAUGUCUCCUGCCUCGGCCUACGACGACUACCCCUCGCCCGAUUUCCCCAACAACACCCGAGCCCCCGCCAUGGCCGCUCGCGAUCCACCCCCCAGCGCUCGUGCCUCCGAAGACAGAUCAAACGGCUACGCCGCCAGCCCCUCGCGAAGACGACCCUCCGACAACUUCUCCGCCGGCCGACAGAGCGCCGACGCGUACGGUGGCGUCGAGGCGUAUGGUGCUGCGGCGGCAGGCGGUGCGCGGCGGAAGCCGUCGCAGGACGUCCGGAAUGACCGGCGGAAGCCGAGCCAGGACACGGCGGGGCGGGGGGCGCCGCUCGGGGGCGCAUCGGUGAACCGGCGGCCGAGCGAGAGCGAGAGCAGCAACGCGUCGAACGCGCAGAGCGCGACGGCGGGGAUGGGGAUGAUCAUCCCGAACAAGAGCACGAUCGCGGAGGAGGAGCUCGAGGUGCCGUACGGGCGCGAGGUGCGCGACAGCGGGAGCACUGCGCGGGAACGCGAGCGGGAGCGGGAGCGGGGGCCGAGGGGGUCGCGCGCGGUGGAUGAGGACCGCAGCGACUAUGGGGAGGACGAGGGCGAGGAGGUGGAUCAGCGUCCGGGGGGGCUGGCGGCGCUGAGUGCGCGGCUGCAGGCGGUUGGAGACGAGGACGAGGCGCGAAGCGGGGAGGACUACUUUGAUAAGAUGAGUCUUGGGCGGGCCAGCGCAGCGAGCGACAGGAGCUUCCCCAGAGGAGGGAGGCUCAGCGUGGGCGCGGAGGAGGAGCUGAGGCGGGAGUAUGAGUUCAAGGUCGCGACGAUGCAGCAGCGCAUCACGGGCUUGGAGCGGGAAGUGGAGGAGUCGCGCGAGAAGGAGCGAAUAUGGGCGAAGGGCGAGGAGAGGGUAAGGGCAGUGGAAGACGAACUACGGGAGCUGCGGCAGCGGAUGGAAGAGAAGACGACGGCGAUGUUCACCAUGCAGCAGGAGCUCGAGGCCUCAGGCAGGAACGCGCAAGAGAGAAGGAUGCUACCGCAAGGCGCGCGAGAGAGGACGAAGAAGAACUGCAAAUUCUCCGGGAACGCUGUGAGCGGCUCGAGGAAGAGCGUGCCGGAGGUGGGCAAUGCGGACAUUCUCGACCAGUUGCGCUCCGAUAUGGAGGGCCUCGUCAUUGAGCUGUCGGAUCUGUCGAAACGCAAUGACGAAUUGAUGACGGCGAAGGAUGCAGACCUCGCCAUCAUUCGCGACCUCGACGCCCAGUCGAAGGAGUACAAGAGGAAGUACGAGCAAGCGAAGACAGAAUUGCGGAGCGUCAAAGCCACCUCGCAAUUGUUCCUGCAAGCGCCAAAGACCGAGGACCAGCUGCCGGUCGCUCAAGAUGGUGGCUUGCUCGAUAUCCAUGUUACUGCCUUUGUCACUGCCAUUGAUAGUCUUCUCACCGCCGGCCGCUCGAACGCGCCGACCCGUGUACUCACGCCCAUGAAAGCGGUCGUCAACGCUGCCACAAUAAUCCUCGAGGACGUCAAGAUGUACGAGCGACGAGCCCGGAGAGACUUCGACAUCGACUCGCUACGUGUUCUGCGCGAGCGCCUCGAGGCCACACUCAGCAACCUCGUCGCCGCCUCCAAGACGCACGCGACGAGCUCUGGCAUGUCCCCCGUCAGUCUGCUCGACGCUGCCGCAAGCCAUGUAUCCUCGACUGUCACGGAGAUCGGCAAGCUGGUCCUCGUCCGCAAGGCGACGCGCGCGGAGCAGGAGCAGUUCGUCCCUCCGAGCAUGGGCGCCACGAACGGGUUCUCGCCCGCUCUGCGCUCCGUCGACGAGAGCCGGCCAGCGCACCAGCGCGGGAUAUUGGGGGACCUGCGGGGGUCGCCACCGAGUAGGGGGAGCUCGGCGACGAAUUCACCCCCGCCGAUAUUCGACAGAGUGCCGGCGUCGCAUAGUACGGGUGGGAGGACCAGCGACGAGUCGGCUCCACCAGAGGGUCCUGAGGAUGCAUGGGCAGAGCUGAAGCCGUACCUCGAAGCGCAGACGGAGUCGAUUGUAUACGCCAUCCAAAGCGUGCUGUCCGGAGUCCGGAGCCCGACACCACCUCCGACGCUCAACGAGAACUUGACGCAGAUCAUCACGAUCGUGUCAAGUAUCGUCGCGGUCUGCAAGGAUAACCUACCCCCGGCGUCCGCGCCACAAGGCGAAGACAUCCUACGCGAGCUCGGGGAGCAUGCGAAUCGGCUCAGUGAAGUGCAGGCACAGCCGGAGGUCACUAAAGAGGCAAGGCAGGUCAUGGCGAAGUCGAGCUUCGCCGUCGCGAACGCGAUGAAGGCGCUCAUGAAGCUGUGA